AUGGAAGAGUGCAACAGUAGCAGCACUCCAAUGGAGUGUCGUUUGAAGCUCAGGAAGGAGGAUGAAGGCGAGCUGUUUGAUCCCAAGCUGUACCGCAGUGUGAUAGGCAGUCUUCGCUAUCUUGUCAACACAAGACCUGACAUCGCACAUGCCGUGGGAAUUGUAAGCAGAUUCAUGGAGACCCCGAGCACUCAUCAUUGGGCAGCCGUGAAACAGAUUCUCAGGUAUAUUCGAGGGACGCUGGGCUACGGCUGUCGUUAUCAGGCCGGGCACGGCGAGGUGAAGCUUGUUGGCUAUACAGAUAGUGAUCAUGCCGGUGACACUGAGGACCGGAAGAGCACCUCCGGCAAUGUAUUUUUCCUUGGCAACAAUCUUGUCACUUGGAGCUCGCAGAAGCAGAAGAUAGUGGCUCUUUCUUCUUGCGAGGCCGAGUAUGUUGCUGCGGCAGUGGCGGCGUGCCAAGGUGUGUGGCUCUCUCGUCUGAUCAGUGAGAUGCUCGGGAGGCCGCAGGCCAAGUUCAAGCUGUUCGUGGACAAUCAAGCUGCCAUUGCUCUCA